CAUCAUUAAUAUAAGACCCAAAAUACAGAAUUGUAAAAUAUAUAGGGAUCCCCCCUCUCUCUCUCUCUCUCUCCCCCUCUCAACUCAGAGAACUUGUAAUAAUGUUCCUCACUCGGCUUCUUCCUUCAGUUGCUGUAAUCGUUUUCUUGGCUACUUUCGCUUCCGGAGCCACUCCACUUCCCUCUUCUGAAGUGGAUGCUCUGAACGAAAUAGCAAAGAAGUUGGGAAAGAAGAAUUGGGAUUUCAGUGUAGAUCCAUGCAGUGGAGAAUCCGGUUGGGCCAACCGGAGUGAGCCUAACGGGUUUGAGAAUGCUGUCACCUGUGGUAACUGCACCUCCGAUAACACCACCUGCCAUGUUGUCAGCAUAGUUCUCAAAUCACAAAAUCUUGGUGGCAUUCUCCCUCCAGAAUUGGUCAAACUCCCUCAUCUCCAAGAAUUUGACAUCAGCCGCAACUACGUUAAUGGUACUAUCCCUCCAGAAUGGGGUUCCUUGCCACUAGUAGACAUAUCCCUCCUUGGAAACCGAAUAACUGGUUCAAUCCCAUCACAAAUUGGAAACAUCACCACACUUAACAGCCUAAUCCUCGAGUUCAAUGAACUGUCGGGAGACCUUCCUCAGGAGCUUGGUAACCUUUCCAGCAUUACGAGACUGUAUUUAACCUCAAAUAAUUUUUCUGGGGACUUGCCGGGAACACUAGCAAAGCUGACCACUUUGAAGGACUU